ACACAUGGAAAGUUGGCGGAUCUAAGACUGGAAUUAAGAGAAAACGACAAACAAUAGUCUCACAUUGGUCCUGUCAUCUUGCAGACUGACGAGGACUGGCGUUAACUGCUUAAAAUCCUUAAUUGCUAAGGAUUUUAGAUUUUCACCCCGCUUUGGUUUUCUCUCCGCGGUGAGGCGAUGAUUUCUCAACCUUCUCUGGGAGAUAACUUCACCACCUGCCGAACCCCCGCCCCUUAAUUUUUGGCUGGUAUGCAACAGCUGCUGUCUUUCUAGGCGCCGAUCGCAGUGCCGUUUUGCGACCUCUAAGGCGCGUUGCUGUUAUUAUCGCUGGCUGGGGAGUUUGUCCUGCUUGGCUCGCCGUUCGACGGUGGGAGGGCAGGGGGCAGGCUGAGAUGGGAGAGGGCAUGUCCAAGCGACUGAAGGUGCAAUUGGGAAGUGAAGCGGAGAUGGAGGAGAGGGCGUUCAAUAACCCCUAUCCAGAUUAUCAACCUCAUGGAAGCACCGCCUCGGCUAGCACUACUUUGCCUACCCCCAACGAUUCGGAAGACAAUCGAUGCAGUUCGGCUUCUCCCCAACGAGACGACUCCCUCCCCUUCGAGAGCGACAGCCAGAUCAGCUCAUAUUUUAAUAAGAAAAUUACAACUAAAAUUAAAGACUUAUUGCAGCAAAUGGAAGAAGGAUUAAAAACAGCAGAUCCUCAUGAUUGCUCUGCAUAUACUGGCUGGACAGGCAUAGCCCUCUUGUAUCUUCAGCUAUAUCGUGUGACGAAGGAGCCGACUCACCUACAGAGAUCCCUGGAUUAUGUGAAGAGAAUCCUACGUAAUCUGAAUGGAAGAAGAGUUACGUUUCUUUGUGGUGAUGCUGGACCUUUAGCAGUGGGAGCAGUUGUGUACCACAAGAUGAAAAAUGAUAGUGAAUCCAAGGAAUGUGUGACCAAACUUUUGCAGCUCCAGCGAAUAGUCCUUGCUUCAGAUUCUGACCUUCCAGAUGAGUUGCUUUAUGGAAGAUCUGGUUACCUGUAUGCUUUGCUUUAUUUGAAUACUGAAAUUGAUCCUGAGACAGUGCCACAAUCAGUAAUCAAAGAGGUUGUGGAAUCCAUCAUUGAAUCGGGAAAAAACUUUUCCAGAGAAGAACGAAAGACGGAGCGGUGCCCAUUGCUGUACCAGUGGCAUCGGAAACAGUAUGUGGGGGCAGCCCAUGGUAUGGCUGGGAUUUACUACAUGCUUAUGCAGCCAGCAGCUAAUGUUGAACGGGAGACAUUGAUGGAACUUUUGAAACCAAGCAUUGACUAUGUGCGGCAUAAAAAAUUCCGAUCUGGGAAUUAUCCCUCAUCCUUAAGCAAUGAAACUGACAGGCUGGUGCAUUGGUGUCAUGGGGCACCUGGAGUCAUCCAUAUGCUCAUGCAAGCUUAUACGGUUUUCAAGGAAGAUAAAUAUUUGAAGGAUGCUAUGGAAUGUAGUGAUGUCAUUUGGCAAAGGGGGUUGUUGAGGAAAGGAUACGGAAUCUGUCAUGGGACUGCUGGAAAUGGCUAUUCUUUCCUUUCUCUCUAUCACCUUACUCAAGAUAAAAAGUAUCUUUACCGAGCUUGCAAGUUUGCUGAAUGGUGUCUAGACUACGGUGCACAUGGAUGCCGUAUUCCUGACCGACCCUACUCAUUGUUUGAAGGUAUGGCAGGAGCUAUCCAUUUCCUUUCUGACAUCUUGGUUCCAGAAAAGUCUCGCUUCCCAGCAUUUGAACUUAGUCCCCAAAUGAAAGAAAACAAAGAGAAGCGCAACAGCUAAAUGGGAAUUGAAGGUGGUGCCAGAGGCAAUAUGACUGCCGAGUGCCUAAAAUAUAUUGGAUCAAUGUUGGAGUCCAAACAGCAAGAUAAUUUUCUUGCUGUCCUUCAAAGGACUGCGUUUGUCAUUAGCGCAUGAAUGAGAGAAUUCCAUACCUUGAUGUUUCCUUAUAAGAGAUAUCUUUAACAGUGACAAAGAGCAAAUUUCAGUUUGUUGAGAUGUUUCUUGUUCGGCUUUCACAGCUGUCUCUUCAAGUCUUUCAAGUGUUUGCAUGUUCUUGGUGUUGUAGUUUUCUUCUUCGUUUGUUGCAAAGCUGAAAAGCAUUCUUUAAUAUCUAGUCCUGUUGUUUUUUCUGUGCAUGACUGUACUAACAACACAGUUCUUUCUGCAGCUGACAAGUACAUGAUGACAAUAGGAUCAGUCUGUUGGACACAAUAAAUGAGAGAAGCAGGAAAGGCCAGAUACUCAAGUCACAGAAUCCUUUUUUCUUCGGGAAACAAAUUCAGAGUUCUAGAGCAUUUUGUUUGCUCCCAUCACAGUACAGUAGUUUUAAAGUCCCAUGUGCUUAAAUUGCCGUGAUCUCAUUCUAAAGAAUCUAGAAAUACUCAGUUUCUAGAUGUAUUACGCCCAAUAUUUUUACAGUUAUUGUUUGCUUCCAUAGGGAACAUUUUUAUAAUUUAUUUCAUCCAAAGUACAACACUGACAUGCCUACAUUCAUUUCUCUGGAAUCAUUGAAAUCUAUGGCUCCAGAUUAUAUGGGCAGUUUAACUACACUGAAAUUAAAUAAGAUAACUAUUUCCCCUUCUUCUUUAUUAUACUUGUGCUACACCCAUCAAUUCUGGGCUGUGUGGAAAUUUUUCUUUAAAAUCUGUUCAAUUCACACUUUUCUAUUUGAAACAGACUUACUGCAUAUGCUUACUUUGUUGUUGGAUUUAGAUUAUAAAUCUUAGUUUAUGAAAAAAAAUCUUACCCCUUUGAUAGUAUUGCAUAUCUGUAUUUGAUUAUAGUGUUUGGCAGACAACCAAACAAACCAAAGAAAAAAUAAAAUAACUUAUUCUCAUUUGGUUUCUCAAUGGAACUCAACUAAUAUCUUAAGAAGGCAAUGAUAUAAAUAUAAAAAUACAUGCACUGUCAAAAAUUCCCACCAUAUAAAUAAAUCUCAUUUUUGUCAUUU